AUGUCUAACCAGCAGGUGGGCACGGUAUUUGACCGUGUCAUUCAGGAGGUCUGCGAUGCUUCUCAGGUCGAUUUCGAGGAAAGUGGUGUCGACCAGCAGACGCUAUUAGACCUGCGAAAGGGAGCGGUGUUCUGUCGUGAUCGAUCCCGGCCCAAGGCGGGGGUCCGAGGAUUGCGGGAGGCGGUGCUGCUUCCGGGGGGAACACCAGCUUUUGAGUCUCUCUUUAUACCGCGCCGCUUUUACCCGCUUCUGUGGCCCGUUUUCGAGAGGGGCGCGAGCUGGCAGAAAAAACUCUCGUCGCUUGGUGUUGCCCACUUCCCUUGGGAUCCUUCACCACCACAGCCCGCCCCUCCUCAGACUCAAAACCAAAUACUCCCUCCUACAGCUCCCGUGCCUUCCAACGCUCCUCGACCCGCACCUUCGCCGCACACACAGCAACAACAUGUUCCGCCCCAACAACCUCAUCCUCAGUCCCUACCGGGAAAUGCACCUCCGAUGCAAGCACCUGCGCCCGUGCACAUGGGGCAGCAAUCUCACAUAAAGACCGAACCGGGUCUCAAUGGCCAACCGGGAAUGCCUCACAUGGGCAACAUGAUGCCGGCUCCUUCCUCGAAUCCUCAGUCGGCACGUGAACGUGCUGCCAAUAUGCUUCAUCAAAGAUACGGUGCCGCAGCAGCUAGCUCGGUUAGUCAGCUGCAAGCUCAGUCUCAAGCAUCUAUGGGAAUGCCAGGACAGCAUCGUCCUCCGUACGCACCACAGGUGUCCAAUGGCCAGACGCCAGCAAUCAAACAAGAGCCAGGCUAUCCAUCCGCGCCCCAACCCAAUAUGACUAACGCUCAGACAGAUGGUGCAGGUGAUGAUGCUUUAUCAGACUGGAAAGCGGAGGUUGCACGGCGACGCGAGGCCGCAGAACGCCAGAACGGCGAGGGUGAUCGAUUUCUACGCGGACAUCUGAGACAGCGCAUGCUACAAUUUGAGGGAGGAGGACUUCUUAUGCCUCUAGAUGAGCGUCAAUCCUCGUCCUCGACAUCGAGACGGGAACCUCGUCUUACUGAUGCACACGCUGCUGUCGAAGUCCACUCGGUCGCGAACUCUGCACAGCUUCAGGCGCAGUUUGAUGGUCCUGGCGGCGAUGAUGACAGGGAGGAAGACGAUGAAGAUGCGAUCAAUUCUGACCUCGACGACCCUGACGACUUGGUUGCCGAGGAUCAUGACGCUGAAGAUUCUGUCGGACAGGUCAUGCUUUGCACAUACGAUAAAGUGCAGCGCGUCAAGAACAAGUGGAAGUGUACUCUGAAGGAUGGUAUCCUAACCACAGGCGGCAAGGAAUACGUUUUCCACAAAGGCCAGGGCGAAUUUGAAUGGUGA